AUGGCUUCCUCCUAUUCAUAUCCUGAAUUAUUUUUGGCGGGUUUUAUAUUUACCUUGCCCUUUUUAUAUGAAAAAAGCAAUGUUUUCCGAUAUUACUUAAAAUUUUUCCUCUACUACGCUUAUGUGUUAAUCACUUGCACAGUGCUUUUGCCCGUAGUAUUAAUAUAUCCUCGCGACGUAACAAACCUAAUAGUUGCUUCCAGAUUUUGUCGCUAUGCCUCUUAUAUAGUAGGUAUAGAAUGGGAGUUGAGGGGGUUGGAACAUUGGAACUCUGAACAAUGCUACAUUGUGAUAUCUAAUCAUCAAAGCUCAUUAGAUAUAUUAGGCAUGUUUGAAAUGUGGCCACGCAUGAAACGCUGCACUGUCGUGGCCAAGAGACCUUUAAUGUUUACUGGUGCAUUUGGUUUUGGUGCUUGGCUCUCUGGACUAGUAUUCAUUGACCGGUUAAGAACAGAGAGAGCUCGUCAGCUAAUGAAGGAUGCUACUGCAAGAGUCAUAAAAGAAAAAACAAAGCUAUGGAUAUUCCCGGAAGGGGCAAGAUUUAACAAAGGCAGUAUACAAGCUUUCAAGAAAGGUGCAUUUUAUUUAGCUAUUGAUGCUCAGAUACCAAUAAUGCCAGUUGUUUUUAGUCAAUAUUAUUUUCUUGAUAGUGAGACCAAGACGUUUGAACCAGGGAAGGUGGUCAUCACUACACUGCCUCCUAUUCCAACAAGUGGAAUGACUCGCAAUGAUGUUGAAAGAUUGUCUGAAAUAGCCCGCCAACAAAUGAUUGAUGUUUUCCAUGAGACCUCCAAAGAUUUAGUCAUGCAAAAGAAAAUUGCUAUUUAA